AUCUUCCGACAAAAUCUACUACUCUCUCUCUAUAUUACACAGAGCUUCUCAUACACUUCAAAGCUUCCAAUUUCUUAAAGAAAGCAAGAAAGUUUGUACUAAAAAGAUGACUUAUCUGAACAAGCUUUGGAUGGCAGCAUCGUUCGUUGCUGUUCAAGGAAAUCCCGACCACGGCGUCAAGUUGAAAACCGGUCUCACCUCCGCCCACCGUCUUCAACGCCGCCUUUCCUCCGAUCUCCGCCCUCUCUCCGCCGUAGAUGUCUCUGUUGACGGUGUUCAUGCAGAUGAUAGACGACGUACCUCUUCUUCCACUCCUGAUGAAUCUUUCCGUCAGGUCAUGUACCUCAACUGCUGGAGCCAAGGCUAAUAACUCAUUCCGUUCAUCCACGGAUGAUGAUGUUGACUCGCUCAUGGACCCGCUGAGUCUGAUAAAACGAGGCAGAUUCUCUGAUGAUUACUGUAUAUAGCUUGUUUGUCGUAGUCCCUCUUAUGUAAAUACUAGACUUGUUUAAAAAGAUCAAAAGCAAGCGUUCGUUUAUGAGAACACUGUUUCUGUUUUUACCUUCAAAGUUCUCAUCAAAGUCUUCUCAAAUCUUGA